GUAAACUGUUAUGGCGUUUGUGUUCUCCAAUACACAACGCAUAUUAUACGUUCCGUCUAAAAUUAAUAACUUAUCAUUAAAUUCUUUGAUAUUUACUUAGACAAAAACCUAGAAUGGAUGUCCAUUUCGUGUAAAUUCUUCUGUUUAACUGUAAGGGCGUAGUGGUUUAAGGUUAUGUUAACAAUUUUUUAAUAAGUGUUUAGUGAAUUCCAGUAAAAACGAAGGAUCAGUUUGUAUUUUCUUUGUACAACAUCCCUGAAUGAAUUUCUCACGGUUCCUUGAUAUACAAUCAUGGUGGGAAGUACCAAGCAUUGCGUAUUUCUGUUCAUUAUUUCGAACUGCUUUCAAUCUUCUCGAUUUUGACAUUGAAGAACUUGAGGAGGCUCUCCUGACCGAUGGUACUGAGGACUCUGGCAGUUCUUUGCUCACAGAAUUGAUUGUACGACUUCUAAAUGGUUGUCUUGGUAACAAUGACAUCUCAGCCUUUAAUUAUCAAAUGUAUUUAAGACGUCUCUUUCGACAAAAAUGUCAAGAGUCAGGCAGAUACAACCCCUUCAAUACUGAUAUUGAUUUUCAAUUUCUUCCCCUCAGAAGAAAAGUAGAAAUCCUAUAUGCAUUAUGUGACUUUCGAUUGGAUGCUGAAGAUGUGUUUGAUUUGUUUAAAAAUCUUGAAGCAGAGAGUUUGAGAGUAGAACCUCUAGGAUGGGAUGACAAUGACUCUGCUUACUGGUAUUUCUAUGGCACUAGAUUAUAUAGGGAGGAUAUAAUCAGAAAACCUAAGGCAAAGAAGAAAAAAAAGAAAGAUAAAAAGAGGGGGUGGCUACAUGGCGAUGAGUGGAACGAGGAUGAGACGGAAAGGGUGUGGCAAGUUGUUUGCUUUACAGAAGAGGAUUGGACGAACCUAACACAAAAGUUCAGCAAAGCUACAAGCAAGAUCGAGAAGGAGCUAUUUAGAUCUCUCUCCCAGAACUUUAUGCCAGAAAUACCAAGACUUUUUCAUGAAAAGGAAAGACUUCAGAGGAAAAGGUUACUCGAAUUGGCACCUAGGCGAACAUCAAGUCGAGUUUUGGAGAAGAUUCGACAGAAGGAGGAAGAAGAGAGCAGCAAAGCGACUACCGACGUCGAAGUCUCUAAGGACUCCGACAGCAUUGAAAGCCAAAACAGUGCCAGGCGAAAUCGGGCUAAACGCCGGAACUUUUUGAGAUCUAAAUCACGGUUAUCCACAUCCGAUAGCAGUGGUAAUUCGGAGGCAGAAGAAAUGCCUAGAGUAGUAAAACCUAAAAAGGGUGCCAAGAAAUCAAAGAUCAAAGAAGAUGCAGAGAAUAGUGCACCUCAAGAGCCCCCCAUACGGACUGGACGAAAGACAAACAACUCACUUGCUUCAGCUACCUUUCAAAAUGACCAAAUUGUUAUCCCGGACACGGAUGAGCCGAUUAACAGCACCAGGAAGAAGCUUAAAACCUCACAAAUAUUUAGCCAAACUAAAGAAGAUAUACAAACCGACAUGUACAAAGUACUGGAACAAUUGAAGAAUCACCAAGAUGCUUGGCCCUUUUUAGAUCCUGUUGAAGAAGACUAUGCACCGAAUUAUUACAGUAUAAUAAGACGGCCUAUGGACCUCCAUACGAUGGAAGAACGACUAGAUAGCGGAUAUUAUAUGGACUUUGCUACAUUUAAAGCAGACUUUAAGCUAAUUGUCAGCAAUUGUCGGCUUUACAAUGGACAAGAUAAUGAAUAUACAAUGAUGGUCGACAAUUUGCAAGCAGAGUUUGAACGAUUGACUGAGAAGUAUAUGUAUCCUGUAUCGUCUUCAGACGAAGAAAUAGCCGUAGAAUAUCAAUUGCCGACACCAACUCGUCGACAGAAACGUAAAGCCAGUGAUUCGCCAUCAAGAGUCGCUAGCAAACGGAAGAAACAUAAAUCUCAAUCAGAAAGUGGCGAACCUAAAUGCAGUACAUCUAGCAUUAUAGAAGACCAAGAACAAGAAGUUAAAUGCGAUAACUCUGAUAAUAGUGACCGAGAAUUGACACAUACAGUUACUGAGAUGGAUAAUAACAACGAUGAGACAGAAGAAGAAGAUAGAAGUAAUAAAAUUUCGAAGGAAUCUCGCAAUGAAAAGGGUAAAAAACGCCAUAGGCAUGGAAAACACUCCAAGGUUCAUAAAAAGAAACAGCAUGGCUCCAAGACCAAGCAUAGCAAGAAGCACAGCAAAAAAAACGAAAAAAGGGGUAAAAAAUCUAAACAAAAGAAAAGUAAACAAAUUGAGCAAGUAGAGCCUGAAUGCACAAACCAUAAUGAUUCACAGGAAUCUCGUUCAAGCUCAAACAGUCGCAGCGCUAGUCCUCUGCCUUCUAUCCACACUCCCACUCCGUCCCCCACUGAAGUUGUUGAACCAGAAACUAGUAAAACUCAUACAUCAAAAUGCCAUAACGCAAAAGUCCAGUACCUGUUAGACAAAAUUGAUAAGUUCAAAUUACCAGACCGUGCAGUAGCCAAACACAUUUGGAAACAUCUUUUUGGGAACGAAAAAACAAAAAAGAAUCUCAUUGCACCAAAAGAGGACAAAAACCAAAAAUUGCGCGAAACUAUCGAAAAAUUAAAAGCGAAAAAUAAAAAGUGUCGGGACCCGUCUUUAUUCACAAGCCUCUUUUCUCCAAGGAGUGGGAGAAGAAUUGAAAGAAAGCCGGAUUAUAAGGAAGAUAGUGACGAAGAUGGCUCGGAUAAUGAGCCUCUAGAAAAUGUUAAAGGAAAAUGUAUCAAUAGAAAACUUGCUAAAAAAUGUUCCUCAAAAAGUGAGUCAACUUCUGAGGCUUUAGAGGAAGCCAUGAAGGACAUCAGUAAAUGGCUUGAAGAUAUGCCAGAAAAAUCAGUGGGUAGCUCACUGGAAAGCUCAGCUCCUAGUGUAACUACAGAAGAACAGGACAGCAGCAGUCGCCAAGAUUAUGAGAGCUUACUGAGUGAAAAAUCCACCACUUCUAAAAAAGACUUCACGCGAAAACGUCAAUCUUUACGUGAACUAAAACUGGUAAGAAAACGAGAAAUACAACGAACAAUCGAUAGACUACAACCGGGAAAAAGCAAGGGAAAUUUACUAACCAAUUUUCCUAAGAAUAUUGAGGACUAUGUUGAAUUUGGGGAUUCGAGCCAAAAUGAAGAAACCAGCCCAAAGUUAAACCUCGGAUCAGUUCUUCCUACAGUUGAUUUUCAACUGUCUCAGGAAUGCAGCAUUAGAAAUGUGUUAACUGAAGAAUUACCAAUUACAUCCACUGAAACAGAAGCAUCUAUAGAGAAUUCUGAUAAACAAGAGCCAAACGAAACAGUGGUUCUUCCAACUCAAAAGGACCAAGAAGAUGAUUGUGAACCAUCCGUGUCAAAACCAAGUCAGGAAAAAGCAACACCUAACUUAAGUGCUUGGUUUAAAGCUUUUGGUGCCCCUAAAACGACAGUACCACCUACUUCUAUGAAAAAGAAAACUAAUACUGAUAAUGAAGAAAAGCCGGUGAAGCCUGAAAUAACAGAAGUAAAAGUAACUCCUAAAAAUAACUCGAGCAAAAUUGACUCCCCCAAUGAUCCAAACUCUCCAAACCACGAUGGGGGUGAUAGUACAAGUGACACAAUCGUUGUGCCACCUCCGCUUCCAAGAAGGACAAGUACUGGGAGUUCUGUAUCAGAGCAAUCGUGUCUUAGUCAGGACUUAGACUCUCCCCGUCAUCAAAUGUCCCAUUCUUCUCCUCUACUUCGCUCCCCAGCGUCACCGCGAUAUUAUGACGGAGUCAUAAUUAAUGGAACUGUUCGAGCCGGUUUUUACCAAGAUACUACGUCAGUAAAGAGCAGUCCCGACAAAAUAUGUAGCCCUAGGGAAGCACCACAGUCACCUUACUCUUCAAGUCCACUGCACGUCUACGCCGCUUCCGCAGGUUCACAAGGAGCUAUUGCGCCAAACUACUUCGUAGAUCCUAUCAAGAGUCCAUUGCUUAUCAACACUCAAAACACCUCAUUAUUCUACGAACAGAAUAAAGCAACUACUCUCAGUAAAACUCCCAGGCUCCCAACUGACACUAACCAACUAAUGUCUCCAGUGUCACCUGAUUACUCCCCAAAACAACCACAUUACAUACCUUCAGCACUUUCACCCCAAAAGCAAUCAAAUUAUGAUAACGAGAAUAAGUCUUCAUUUCCUGUUAAGAAACGAACAUAUAACGAAUUUGAAGAAACUGAAGAUAAACCGCAAGAUAACAGUUCUAAUUCUUUACAAACGCCGAGAAAUGAAGUGGAACCCCUCAACCAGACAUUGCCUGCCUUUUCAAAUGUAGACAAUGUUGCUUUGGUUGAAGUGGAAAAGAAAGUUGAAAAUAAUAGCGAAAUUAAAUAUGCAAAAACGAUCAAUAGCAUGUAUGAAAAUAAUAAACCAGCACAUGCCAACAAUAAGCCCCUUGAAAUGACCAAGAAAAAUGCCGUAGAUAUGGUCAACAUGGGUUAUUUUAUUUCCGAAGAAGCCAAAGGUACCACUGAGCUACGUGGUGAUUUGGAAUACUUUACCAGAGAGAGAGAAAUUUGUAAAUCCCAGAGAAGAUAUGAAUUAGAUUCUGUGGUUAUAAAUAGCCAGCAACUUCCUAAACCUUUAACAAAACCUAAUAUAAGCACUUACAAUUUUACACCUGCUCAUACACAUGAAAGACACAAUGAUGUAAACUUGAACCAAACAAUAUCACAUGCUCAUCAAAAUCCAUACGAGUCGCUGGCCUCUGGUCAGCAAAUUAGUAGCUUACCCUUUAAGGUAGGUAGGUUAUCCUUUAGUGAUAUUGAUUCAGCCAAUAAAAAGCUGUAUUCAAAUAAUAUAUCAUCAACACCACUUGACUUCGGCAAUUGGAGGGAACCAAAUCAAGGGCUUAAACAAGACCCUCUACCUGCUCACUUUCCUACUGCUACCAACAAUAAUGAGACAAAUUCAACCAACAAAAAACAGUAUUCAGAUAAUAUAUCAUCAACACCACUUGACUUCGGUAACUGGAGAGACACAGAUCACGCUGUAAAGCAAGACCAACUGCCCGAGGACUUUUCAGCUAAUACCAACAGUGGUAAUGAGACUAAUUUGGUCAAUAAAAAGCAAUAUACAAAUAGCAUAUCUUCAGCACCCCUUAAUUUUGGAUAUUGGAAAAAUCCAACGCCAACGCGUAAGCAAGAACGUGUGUCAGCGAACAUUUCGACUUUUGUUAAUAACGAUGAAAAAAAUCUUCAGCAACAGCAAUACAACAACUAUGCAUUGCCGCGGAUAACUUCACACAAAGUGCAAACAAAUUCAACUGGGCCUUCUGAACUAAGGAUACCCAAUCCUCGAGCCACAAUGCCAAAAUCUGACAAUACUAAUGUUCAACUAUCAGCCACAAAAAAAACACAAAACAAUAGCUUUGCUAUGCCCUAUAAAAAUCCAUAUAUCGGCCAUUCUACGCUUUACGAUUCAAUCGAACCGAUGAGGAAUUUGGAACUGCUGGAAAGACAUUCUGAUGCUAAUGAACGUUAUUUGUCAACUUUUGCUAACAAUGUUUCUCUGUAUCAGUCUAAACUUUUCGGCAAGGGCUUAGGCAAAGAGAUAACUACACCUGAUGCGUCUAGUAUUACUUAUGGACAAGUUCAAAUGAAUUCAGAAAGUGAAUUUGAAAACAAAUCGACCACAAAAAGGAAAUGGACAGUAGAAUCUAAGCAAUCGGCACCUUCGCAAGCAUAUCCCGCAACUUCUUGUGGUGAUAAUGUAUUGACGUCUGGGAAGACUUCCUCGAUUAUACCCCCAACUACAUUUAAUUUUGGUUCAACCACCAUGUCACUGGGUAGCAUGUAUGGUGAUAAUUCUGGUUUCUCUAUUGAAAAUUUUAGGAACAGUACCACCCAGCUGAUGGCAGCCAACUACAUGGCUGCUGCAGUUGCUAAUCGAAAUAACAGCGUAAAUGCCGAAAAAUUUGCGCAACCAGCCCAUCAAAAUAAUCAUGGUGGAAGCACAUAUCCCUUCAUCACACAUUCGCAGGCACCUGCUGGAUAUCCAUUUGUAGGUACUGAUGCUUCAUCCCCUCUGUAUCAACAAUACAUUCAACGUUAUCAAGAAGAAUUGCAAAGACAAACUGGAGCACAGAUAAUGGGCCUCUACCCACCAACAUAUCCUCCAACUUUGGGUGUUCGUCAACCAUAUGACUCAAUUAAUAGGCCUUCUUGGAUAUAAUAUUGGCUCUACAACUUGCUCAAACCAUAGGACUUGUGCAAUGACCCUGGCUAACUUAAAAUAUUAGCACACUGAAAUUGUUUCUAUAGUAAGAAAAGCGUAUGACAAAAGUAUAACUACAUAAAGGUUUUUUUGCAUUUGGAUAUUUUUAUCUUGUUAGCAUGCAAAUACCUUAAAUUUUUUGACAAAAAAUAAAAAUUAUUUUAAAUAAAGCUUUUAUAGACAUGGUAACCCUACACUUUAAUCAUGUCCAGAUAGAUAAAAAUUCCAGAAACAUAAUAGCACCAUUAAAAUAACUAUUACUGUAUUGAAACUGUCAUCUUCUUCCCUGGUAGUAGUAAUGCAUAUAGAUUUUUGUGAGAUUUAUAAAUGUUGGUUAUAGUGUAUCAUUUGUGUCAUCACAAUUUGGCUUAUUAUAAUGUUUUCAAAUUAGUAUGAUAACAAUAUUAUAUGUGAAAUCUAUUAUGUUUAUGUUCAAUUUACUUAAUAAUUUAUCAAUGUUAAUAUAAAAACUUCAUACACCUCCUUUAACAACAGAUUUUCUGCGGCAAUAAAACAAAUUCAUUUAAAAUUGCUGUGAGUUUCAAAAUAAUAUGUAA